UUCCGGGUGCCUUGCGGCAGCUUCAGCUCUAUAGGGGAGCCGGCUGGAAAAGUUCUGAUUGUUUUUCUCUAAGCGCUGCUGCUGGGUGCUGUGAGGGAAGCUCUAGCAAGUUCCCAAUUCGCGACAUGAAUGGAAUGACCUAUGAUGAUGUGCAUGUAAACUUCACUGGAGAAGAGUGGGCUUUGCUCAGUCCUUCCCAGAAGAGGCUCUACAAGGAUGUGAUGCUGGAAACCUACAGGAACCUCACUGCUAUAGGUUACAAUUGGGAAGACCAUAAUAGUGAACAUUUUCAACAUUCUAGAAGACAUGGAAGGCAUGAAAGAAGACAUACUGGAGAAAAACCUUCUGUAUAUACUCAGUGUGGCAAAGUCUUUGCAUAUCACAGUCAUCCUCAGAAUCAUGAUAGAAUGCAUACAGGAGAGAAAAGCCAUGAAGGUAUUCAACAUGGUAAAGCCUUUGCACAUCAAAGUCACCUUCAAAGGCAUGAAAGAAUUCAUACCAGAGAGAAACCUUAUGAAUGUAAUCAGUGUGGUAAGGCCUUUGCACAUCGUAGUUACCUUCGAAAGCAUAAAAGAAUUCAUAUUGAAGAGAAACCCGAUGAAUGGAACCAAUGUGGUCAAGGUAAUCUCCAAAUACAUAAAAGGACACAUACUGCACAGAAACCCUAUGAAUGUAAUCAGUGUGGUAAAGCCUUUAGGCGGCACAAUAGUCUCCAAGUACAUAAAAGAACACAUACUGGAGAGAAACCCUACAAAUGUGAUCAAUGUGAUAAAGCCUUUUCACAACAAGGUCAUCUCCGAAUACAUAAUAGAACACAUACUGGAGAGAAACCCUAUGAAUGCAAUCAAUGUGGUAAAGCCUUUGCAGUUCACAGUACUCUCCAAAUACAUAAAAGGACACAUACUGCAGAGACACCCUAUGAAUGUAAUCAGUGUGGUAAAGCCUUUAGGCGGCACAAUACCCUCCAAAUACAUAAAAGAACACAUACUGGAGAAAAACCAUACAAAUGCGAUCAAUGUGAUAAAGCCUUUUCACAACAAGGUCAUCUCAGAAUACAUAAAAGAACACAUACUGGAGAGAAACCUUAUAAAUGUAGUCAGUGUGGUAAAGCUUUUGCACGCCAUAGUCAUCUUCUAAUUCAUGAAAGAAUUCAUACUGGAGAGAAACCUUACAGAUGUAAUCAAUGUAAUAAAGCCUUUGCACAAUACGGUGGUCUUCAAAUACAUAAAAGCACACAUACUGCUGAGAAGCCCUAUGAAUGUAAUGAAUGUGGUAAAACUUUUUCACAACACAGUUAUCUCCGAACACAUAAAAGAACACAUACUAGAGAGAAACCCUAUAAUAAGCAAUGUGGUAAAACCUUUGUGUGUAGUCUUAGAAAUCAAGAGCCAAUUCAUACUGCAGAGGAACUCUAUAAAUAUAGUCAAUGUGAUAAAGUUUUGCACUUCAUAAAUUGUUAAACAAGAGUAAAACCUUUGAUGUUAUCUGUUAAUGCCUUUGCACAUCACAGUAAUUUUGAGUGCUGAUAAAACUCAUACUGAAUAGAUAAAACUCAUACUUAAUGGAAUUUUUUGACUAUCAAAGAUUUGAUAAGAUUUUUAGCCAACACAUUUACAUUAAGUUAUAGAAAAUUAUUUAUUCAGGGGAAUAAAUCUGACAAUUUUCAACAAAGUAUUCAAGAAUUAUGUCCCUCUGUUAUGCACUGAUGACCUGGAAGAAAUAUAAGAUUGAUUGCAUCAGAAGUAUCUGAAGCCUUGGCACUUUAAAGAAGUUUCAGAGUCCCAAAUCUCUACAAAAUGAAGAAGAGUGAAAAGAAAGAUCAGGAGAGAAACUGACAAGUCUUAAAAAGUGGCUGAGCAAUUGGCCAAUGCCACAAGACAGUUUAUCUCAAAAAAAGACAAGAGUGGGAGCAGGCCUACAAGGAAACAUUGUACAUUGUAUGCCUGCUGGAGUUUAUGUCCCGCAUAAGGAGAGAAAGAGAUAUGCAGGGAUGAAGAUUGACUUGUCAGAUCAGGAUUGCAUUCUGCUUCUCUGAAGCCUGUAAAAUUCUGUUAGGAGGACUCCUGGAGAUCCUAAGACUUCAACAGGAGUCAGUCACCCUAAGACUGGGACAAUCAUGCCUUUGCAAAGAGCUGUGUGAGGUAUGGAUGAACUAUGAGUGGGAGAGCUUUGGAUUUGAAAGCCAAAGAAUCAAAUGACUAGAGGUCGAUGUUCAGGGUGUACCUGAGGACAAGCUGGCUCCUACUGUGCUCUCUGCAUCCACUUAGCUGUCAUGGGUCAGCCCCUCCAGGUCUUCCACUCUUUCCUUAUUCUUGGCAACUACAAUGUAGCUGCCAGUAAGAGCACUGUGCUCCUUCCCUGGCAAUCCCCACCUAUUCAUCAAUCCUUGUAACCUGCUUCCCUGGGAAGACUAAGGAUAUUCUAAAGAGACAUACCACUCCCUUUGGCUAACAAUUAGUGAACCACUGGGCUGCAUGAAAUUCAAAUUUCCUGGGUAAUCACAUUCUGGGUAAGAUUGAGUCCUCCAUUGAAGAAUGCUUCUGCUGAAGAAACAUUUGCACAUUGCAGGAGACAGAGUUGCUUAGAAUGAGUUUAAGGGAUGGCUGGAAAAUUGUUAUACUGUUUGCAUGGAUUACUUGCUUUGCAUCUGUCUCUUUUCUUCACCUAAGUAUGCUAUUAUCCCCAACGAUUGCAUAGUUUGCUUCUAUCUUUGUCAUUAUUUCAAUUUAGUUGCACUCAAUAAAUAUGUUUCUAAUUUUCAUGAUAAA